AUGAGCAUGGAGCUAGAUGGAUAUGGUUCUAUAAAUCCAAGAUCUCUUACAGCUGGUUUUGCUAUUUGGUAUGUUUUGAGCGCGCCCACGAGUCAUUGCUGCUGCUUACUAAGUAGAGGACUUCACAGUAAAAUAGCAGGUGUUUUGGCAAUGUACAUGAGCAAAAUUAUGAAGAUAUGGUGUUUAAAUGAGCAAAUUAACAACUUACACGAGCACAUAAAGAUGCGCAGGACAUACAAUGAAAUUACUCCAUAUAUAGAACUUACCAUA